AUGCUCGGCGCACGCACCAAGCAAAUCUUUGCAUACGGCAAACGGGGGCAACGCGUGGUCAAUGCAUACGAUGAGCGCAAGUCAAGGCACUUGGAUCUAGACUCGACGCAAGAGGGCCAAGCGGGAAGUGUGUCCGCUCACUCGUUCAAAGAAAUAUCUGUUGUAUCUGGCCACCCCAGCAAGUCAAUCCCAUCAAGCUCCAACGCAUCUGAGAACCACACAUCUGUGCGAGCCAAACAGGUCAAAAGGUCCCCGAAGGUCGCAAAGGUCGGUGGAGCAGUUGCCGUUAAACCCGUUCGUCGACUUCCCCUUGGUUCCAUCCCUCCCAAUGCACCCUCCUCCCCAGCCGUGCCUCCAACCAUGCGCAAGAAGCGUUGGCAGACAGUCAUGAAGGCUUCUCCGCUGGUACCAAACAGUCUCGUAGUCGACAUCGAUAUAGUGGUCCUCGAUUCCCAGGGAAUACGAGUCAGCCAGGAACAUCGGAUAUCGAAGGGCAGUGUACAAACCAAUGUUUAUGUCGCGAUGUCUCCCAAACGGCCCAGAGUAGUGGAUCGGAUGAAGCCCCGAGCUACCGGCAAGCGAGCGGAUCCCAUCUCUGUGUCGGACUCCGAGGAUGGUAGACAAGUGCUAAAACACAAUGUGCGGAAUGCCCGAGCCAACGCGAAACCCAUUGUCAUAUCCGACUCCGACGACGGCUCAGAAAGCGACUACACACCAACCAAGGACGGGCCGGCAGCGUAUGACGAGUCUUCAGAAGAGGAACUCGUGCUCAAGGCACCACGAUUUCGUCGUCGUGGACCAUCCAGGGCAGUGAUAUCGCCCUCUCCAACCCCGUCGAUUUUAUCAUUUCAUGAAUCGGUCGUCACUCUUCCUGCACCUGCACCUGCUCCCGGACCCCAACGAUCGCGGCAAGCCCCUCCUUCCGAGCCUCCUAGACUACCCCCGGCGCCACCUCAGCCACUUCAGAGACAUGUUACGCUCCCUCCGAAACAAGCUCGUCGAGAUACCCUCGGGCCCUUCACAUCCCUACCUUCCCUCGAUGCAGCCGAUCCUACUCGAUCCAAACCAAGGCAGCUAACGCCCAUUCGAAAACGUCCUGGACAGCCCUCAUUCCCCGCUCCACCCUCACCCCCUUCCCCUACCACCCCAUCCGAUCUCAACUCCGAUCUCGACUUCGACUUCGCCCAGCUUGCGCUUUCUCCGGGAGCCCUCGCGGAAGUCCAGCGGCUCGAUUUCGGUGCUCCAGAUCCCGGCCUCCCGGAGUACGUCGUACCGCUCCUGAACGAAUGCUCUCAAACGACCGCGCACGAGUUCUCCGCAUUCAUCGACAUGUUUCCGUUCGACCCUAUCGUGCGCGAAGGACACGGGUCUAGCACACAUGCGACCUUCCAGAAGAUCGGCGAGGCCUGUUACUCUGAGGUCUUCGGGAUUGGAGAUGUCGUCCUCAAGAUUAUCCCGCUCCGUGACGAAGCACGCUCAGGUCUACCUGAUGCCGCCUUUGCAACCAAGGACAGCCCCGAAGUCAGCGACGCGAAGGAUGUUCUCAAGGAGAUUCUCGUCACGAGGGCAAUGGGUUCGUGUUGUGCGGGCUUCACGGAAUUGCUGCGUGCGUACGUAGUACGCGGCAAGUAUCCGUCGCUGCUACUCGACUUGUGGGAUGAUUAUGACAAACAAAAAGGGAGCGAAAGCGUUCGUCCAGACUCGUUCUCCGUCUCACAGCUCUACGCCAUCAUCGUUCUACCAAAUGGUGGUCCCGAUUUGGAGGCGUUCACCUUCAGUACACCCACCAAGACCGGUUGGAGACAGGCCUGCAGUCUCUUCUGGCAAGUCACGCGGACCCUCGCAGAAGCUGAAGAGCUCGUUCACUUCGAGCAUCGCGACCUCCACUGGGGCCAGAUCCUUGUCAAGAACGUCCCCCUCCCCACCCCGCGCAAGUCCGACCCGAAGUCCUCUUCCUCGUCCACCACCACCGCCCCGCCGCUCUCGAUGGACGACCCCGCGCAUGGCGUCCUCGCCACCGUCAUCGACCUCGGCCUCUCGCGCAUGGACGACGGCUCGGGCACGGGCGCGCCGCACUGGACGCCGUUCGACCCCGAGAUCUUCGCGGGCGAGGGCGACGAGCAGUUCGACGUCUACCGCCAGAUGCGCGCCCACAUCGCCUCCUUCCCCCCUCCCCACCCUGCGUCCCGCGGCGGCGGGGACGGGGACUGGGCGGCGUUCCACCCGCGGACGAACGCGAUGUGGCUCGGGUACUUGGCCAGAAAGCUCUUGCACGCGAAGCGGCUGCGCGCGCCGCCGGCGACGCGCCCCGCGGAGCGUGCGGCGCACGAGUGCCUGCGCGAGGUCACGGCCGUGCUCCCCGUCGCGGCCGUGGGUGCGGGCGGGCGGCAGGAGGAGAAGGGGAAGCCGAGACGGGGCAGACCGCGCAAGACGCACGCGCCAGACGUGGCAGGCCCGGGGAGCGCGACGGAGUUGUGGGAAAUGGGCCUAAAGAAGGGGUGGGUGUGGUAG